CCCACUCCCAGCCUACAAAGCCAUGUGCAUUCCAUCUCCAUCCUGACAUUGCAUCUCUACAAUCUGUCAUUCACAAUGUUCGGCAUCUUUGAAGACGACAAAGGCAAGGCUGGUAUCAGCUGGCCCGCCCAGGAGCGCACCUCUGACCCCGUCGCAAAGUUCUUCCAGGACGGAUCCAAGCUCUCUUGGCACUGGAACUGGACCAAGCAAUGGAAGGGCGACCUCGUGCCCGAGACCUCUGAGGACCUCGAAAUCGACGCAGAGUUCCUUCCGAUGAUCUGGUCUCCCGACAACAUUGACGAUGGCAUCGAGCCUCAGGAAGGCUGGCGCCUUCUCCUAGGUUUCAACGAGCCUGACCACAACAACGGUGACGUGGCAGACGCCCGCUCCCCUCAGGAGGCUGCCGAUGCCUGGGUCCGCCUCGCCGAGCUUCGUACCGACCCUGACAACCAGCACCUCGUCUCUCCCGCUGUCGCUGGCAGCGUCGACUGGCUCCACGAGUUUUUCUCUCUCAUCCCCGAGAAGACCAAGCCCGAGUACCUCGCCGUGCACGUUUACACGACUAGCAUGGACGACUUGAUCUGCAAGUUGCAGUGGUACUAUCAAGAGUUCAACUUGCCCAUCAUCUUGACCGAAUUUUGCAUGACUAGCUUUGAUGAGAAUGUGCCCAACCCUGAGGACCAGCAGCAGGUCCACGACUUUAUGGGCCAGGCUACCAAGUGGCUCGAUGAGUGCGACUUUAUCGUAAGGUACUGCUGGUUUGGGGCCGUCCGAGACGCCAACAACCUCCAUGGUAUUCACCCCUUCAACCGUCUCAUGGAUGAGGACGGUGAGGUCACCCCCUUGGGCUGGCAGUAUAUCAACGAUGGCCACGGAGACUGAGUCAAGCCUUACUGUAGUGGCACUGCAUGAGAAACCAAGCAAAGUACAUAUUCAAAUAAAGAACAGAGAAAAGCACAAGUCAUCGCAUGCAUAUACAAU